GUGAAAGCAUAGAAUGAAUUAUGUCUCGAUUGGUUGUUAAAAAUCUGCCAAAAAGGGUAAAGGAAGAAAAGAUAAAGGAAACAUUCGGUAAGAUAGGCGAGAUCACAGAUUUGCAACUGAAAUAUACCAAGGCUGGAAAAUUCCGUCAAUUUGCAUUUGUUGGGUACAAAAGCAAUGCAGAGGCAGAAAAAGCAGUCAAAUUCUUCAACAAGACAUUUCUUGAUUCUUCAAGACUACAAGUUGAAUUAUGCAAAUCAAUUGGAGAUCCUGAUGCCGUGAGACCAUGGAGUAAGUACUCCAGUGAAAGUUCUGCAUACAAAAAGAGGCAGGAAAGGCUGAAGACAAAGACUGAUGGAAAACCUAAAAAGGAAAGAGAUACAAAGAAAACUAUAGAUGAUAAUGAAGAAGAAGAGAAGGAGGAAAAGAAAGAUAUAGAGUUGGAGGAGUUCAUUGCACUGCACCAAAAACCCAACAAGUCUCAUGUCUGGGGCAAUGAUCUGGUAGCUGGUGUCACGCAGAAAGAUCCUAGACAGCAGAAAGGGGAAAGGAGGCCGGCACCAAGUGGUGAUCAUGUAAUGCAAGAUUCAGAUGAAGUGGACAGUGAUAGUGAGAGUGAAGUUGAUGAUACAAUUAAGCAAGAUGAAGUAACAGAACCUAUCAUUGAAGAAGAUAUGAAAAACAAAGUGGCACUUAAAAAAGGCUUAUCUGAUUUAGAUUAUCUUAAAAGUAAAGUUAAACAAACUUCAAUGAGUUCAUCAGAGGAUUCGGAAAGUGAAGAUGAAAAAGAGAGGAACAUAGUUUCUAACCAUCAGACAGCCAUUGCAAAGAUACCAAAUAAAUCAAAGACUAAAACUUCAGAACCUACUGGUCAAGUAUUCACUAUCAAAAUGCGAGGGGUUCCAUUUACUUCUAAAGAGAAAGACAUCAAGACAUUUUUUGCUCCAUUGGCAGUUUCUGAAGUCCGGAUACCAAAGAAUAGUAAAGGACAAAAAACUGGUACUGUGUUUGUGGAUUUAACAUCAAAAGCUGACUUGGAGGUUGCUAUGAAACGAAAUAAAGACUAUAUGGGAUCUAGAUAUAUUGAGCUGUUUGUUGAUGACAAGAAUGACAGAUCCAAGGCUCAAUUUACACCUCAAGAGCCAGCAUGGGCAAAAAAGGCUGCCGAAUUAGAAGAACAUGGAGAAAGUAUUGCUGAGACUGGGCGUCUAUUUGUGAGAAAUCUAGCUUACAUAUGCAAAGAAGAAGAUCUUGAAGAGCUGUUUAGUAAAUACGGUCCAUUAACUGAAGUAAAUUUACCAAUUGAUUCAUUGACGAAAAAAGUCAAAGGUUUUGCCUUCAUCACAUACAUGAUGCCGGAGCAUGCUGUAAAAGCAUUCUCUGAAUUAGAUGGAUCAAUAUUCAUGGGACGAUUACUGCAUAUAUUGCCAGGGCAAGAAAAGAAAACAGAGGAAGAUUCUUUUGCCAAUGAAGGAUCAUCAUAUAAGAAAAAGAAAGCAGGACAACAGAAGGCUCUUAGUGGAAGUUCCCAUAAUUGGAAUACAUUAUUCAUUGGCUCAAAUGCAGUGGCAGAUACUAUGGCAGCUAAGUACAAAACGUCAAAAAGUGAAGUAUUGGAUCCAGAGACAAAGAAAAGUUUAGCAGUACGGAUGGCACUUGGUGAGACACAAAUCGUUGCAGAGACCAGGCAAUUCCUACUCGACAAUGGUGUUGCACUUGACUCAUUUAGUCAGCCUGCUGCAGCACGUAGCAAGUCAGUGAUCCUCGUCAAGAACCUGCCAGCUGGUACAAGUCCAGCAGAAAUCAAAGAGGUCUUUGAGAAGUUUGGUGAACUUGGAAGAUUGGUGCUUCCUCCAGCUGGUGUCAGUGCCAUUGUUGAAUUCCUUCACACACAGGAAGCACGAAAGGCAUUCUACAACCUGGCAUACACAAAGUUCCAGCAUGUUCCUCUGUACCUGGAAUGGGCGCCAGUGGGUGUCUUCAAUACCCCAACCCCAAAAAUAGAUGAGGAAGAAGAUACGGAAAAGCAAGCUGAGGCAAAAUCAGACAAGGAAAAAGUAACAGAAACAAAAGAGGAAGAAAAAUUAGAGAAAGAAGAAGAAUCGGAGGAAUCUGAAGAUGAACCAGAACCAGAGAGCACUGUUUUCGUAAAGAACCUCAACUUUGACACAACAGAUGACACACUGUUAAAGGUAUUUUCUGAAUGUGGUCCAGUAAGUGUCGCGACCGUUUCAAAAAAGAAAGACAUGAGGAAUCCAGGUCAAUUUUUAUCGAUGGGUUAUGGAUUUGUACAGUACAAGAGACGAAGUGAUGCAAUGAAGGCAUUGAAGGAGCUCCAGCACACAUCAAUUGAUUCUCAUACAGUAGAAAUAAAAAUUUCCAACCGCACCGUUCUACAAAAACAAUCAACUUCUACAAGGAAGACUGUUAAGAAUAAAAAACAAAAAUCAACCAAGAUUCUGAUACGAAACAUUCCUUUUGAAGCAUCAAGGAAUGAAGUUAAAGAAUUGUUCAGAACAUUUGGAGAGAUUAAAGCAAUAAGAAUCCCCAAGAAAAUGUCAGGAACUGGUGGUCAUCGGGGCUUUGGAUUUGUGGACUUCCUCACCAAACAUGAUGCCAAGAGGGCGUUUGAAGCGCUGUGUCACAGUAGCCAUUUGUACGGCCGCCGAUUGGUUCUUGAAUGGGCUGAAGCAGACGACACUGUUGAGACCUUGCGCAAGAAGACCGCUGACCGAUUCUUAGAAGGGGGACCAAAGAAGAAAUUAUCGAGGAAGACCCUGUUAGAUGAGCUUGAUGGCUAAGAAAUACAAGAAAUUUAAUCCUCUUUGAUGUUAUUACACCGGUCAUCUGUCUGGAGUGAUAUUGAAACCAGUUGAUUAUGUUGCAAUCAUCUUGGAUGAUAGACAGCUAGGUAACGUCACAUGCCACAAUGGUCUGCGGCUGUAUUAGAACCACCUAAUGAUGUUAGGCACCACGGCAACAGUUCAAAAUGGUCUGGGAACAACUUGAUGGCACUACAUAACAACAGUGCAGAUCAUGGUCAGGAAUAGACCAUGUCUGCAUAUAAAGAGCUACAUUAGUGAUCACUUUUGGAAAAAACAUGGAAGUAUAUCAAAUAAAUCAUUUAACAAGUUCUUUUGAACAGUUUUAUAAAAUGCAUGAUAAUCUUAACCAAACGAUUUUAAAAUAUCAUUUCACAUUGGUCCUUCAAAUCUUCCAUAGUACAGUAUGUUUCGGAACUUGGCAUGGCACUGCAAAACAAGAGUGCAGGUCAUGGUCUGCGACAGUGUGGGACUGCUGAUGUCUGCAUCUAUGCUCAAUGAUCACUUUUGGAAGUAGUAUGGAAGUAAUGUCCAAUAAUCAUUUAACAACAAGUUCUUUUGAGCAGUUUUAUAAAAAUGCAUGAUAAUCAUUACUAAACGAUUUUAAAAAGUCAUUUUACAUUGGUCCUUCAACUCUCAAUAUUUCAGAUAUUUUAUCUUGCAUAUUCUUUGCAAUAAAUUUCACAAGAGAAAUUUUACAAAUG